AUGGCGGCCGCCGCUUCGGGGCUCCCCCUGCUGAAGCAGUGCCUGAUCAGGCGGAAUGGCCAACAGGAGCAGCACGGCGUGGCAGCCUCCUGCCUCCGGGACCUGCGGAGCAAGGCUUGUGAUCUCCUGGCCAUUAACGAGGCCUCAGAGCCCAUCACUUUGGUACUGGCGGAGGAUGGCACUAUCGUGGAUGAUGAAGACUAUUUCUUGUGUCUGCCGCCAAACACCAAGUUCGUGGCACUGCUGAAGGAUGAGAAGUGGUCCAGCAGCAGUAUAGAUGGUGGCACAGCGUGGCUAGAGGGAGAGGCUGUGGAGGUAGAUGGAGUUGACGGCAGUGAAGAGAAAUGGAAGCGCCUCGCCAGGCAACUGAAGGAUGACCUCUCGGCCAUCAUCUUGAUGUCCGAGGAAGACCUGCAGGUGCUGAUUGAUGUGCCGUGCUCCAGUUUGGCUGAAGAACUUUCUGAGCACCAAAUUAAAAUCCAAACACUGCAGAACACCCUUCAGCAAGUGCUGGACAGGAGGGAAGAGGAACGCCAGUCGCGACAGCUUCUGGAGCUCUACCUGCAGGCAAUGAAAAGGGAGGACCACCUUGUACCCAAGGCGGAAGAAGUGGAGGAAACCGCCAUGGAGGGAACCGAUACGGUUGACACUGGGAGCAACACUAGAAGCGAUGCAACCGCAGCUGCGCUUGGCAGCCAUAUCCUGACCGCGCUCAAAGAAAAGCCUGCACCAGAGCUCAGCCUGGCCAGUCAAGACUUAGAGCUGCUUUAUAAAGAAGACCCAGAAGCCCUUGCUGCGGCUUUGAGCUGGGACAUGGCGAAAAUCGAAGCCUUGCAGAAGGCUUGCGAGGGCGAGCUUUCGAGGCGCCUGGAGCAAGUUCAGGCUUUGCACUCCUUGCGGAACAUUUCCAAGGGCAAGAAGAAGCUGCCGUGGGGGGAGUGGCUGAGUUCGAAGCGCAAGAAAUAGGGCGGCUCGGCCGAAGGCGUCUGUGUGAGCUUGCCACAUGUGCGUUGGUGCCUCUCAAAGCAAGAACCGAGCAUCCCGGGGCAGAUUUGGAGGAUGAGACAGUCAGCAACCAAGUUUGUAUUUCUGUCAGCUCUCAAACCAGGGAAAAUGGGAUUCUUUGGCAUAGAUUCUACAAGGGCCCGUCUGAGGAAUCUUUUGAAGACGAUGGUACCGCUGUUGCAGUGUGGCGAGCAAAAAUGCUGGGUUUAAUAGGACGGUUCUUGGCGCUCACAGUUGGAACUUUAAACCCUGCUGUGUUUCUGGCUGCCAUUUCCUUCAGUCCUGGCCUCAUGCAGACAAUUUAGGGUCCAUUCACUGCUUGCCUUAACUCACGUUGUUUGAGAGUUCUGCCUCCCAUACUUCGUAUCCUGCUCAGCCCCGAUUCCCAAGCAACCUGGUGCACCCUGACUGCCAAGCAGAAGGUAAGCAGGUGCCUUGUAUUUCAGCAGCACACCUGCAGUGCCCCCCAGACAGCAGUUUUUCUCCUUUCCUUUUACUGCAGAGUUCGGGAGCUCCCUCACUGUCCACGCUGCCCGGGGCCAUAUUCCCUUCGGGGUUUUCUGUCAGUGGCAGGCAGGGUCGGGACCCAAAGCGAGCAGAAGCCCUGCUCCUCUCUUACGGCCACUCUCUUUCCCUCUGCCAAGGCCACCGCCAGGAGUUGGCAGGGCUAGGGCCCCUCUCCAAGGACGGGAAGCAGCAGCAGCAGCCCGUGGGAAGGCCACCUCGCCGAGGGGAGGGGCUGUGGAGCGUGGCUUGCCCAGGGGCCUUUACUCUCCCCUGCCUGCCAUGGCAGAAACACGCCCGUCUUCUCAGGUGGGUCUGCUUGCUUGUGGAGGCCUUUGGAAGUGAGGCUGAUGGCUGUGCAGAGCGAGCCUGAAGACCACACGCUGCAUCCUGGCCUGAAUGCCUGUGCUGCUUCUACAAGAGCGAGUCAGCUUUAGGGGACCUUUUCAGGGAAGGACAGGAAUUUGCGUUUCUAGACCACAAGAACUAAGGCUGCCUACAGUUCACUUUGGAUACAGCGUCAUGAGGCCAUCUCCACUUGCAUUAGCAAAAGAGCACCGUUGAUUAGUUUUGUUAAAAACAAGUGAUUUAACCACC